CACAUUUUCUAACUCAUGCUCAAAUCUCAAAACAUAUACUAUUUAAUAUGCACGGACUCGAUUUAGAUUAAACAUUAGUUUGAGCCAAUGUGUACCUUGAGUUUUGUUUACCCAACUGGGCAACUACAAAUAGUUAUAGGCUUAUCAAUAACGGCUAACCUUCGAAAAAAUGGCGGUUCUUGCACAACCUGCUACCACUUUCUUUUCUUCAUUCACCCAAUUCCCAAGCUGCUAUGUCACCCUGAAAAAAUCUCCAUUUUUGAAGCUUCCAAAUGCAUUUUCAUGCUCCAAUUCAUACCUCCCGUCCAACAACAAGUUUAAAAGGCCAUAUACAAGCGUGAUGAUAGUUCCAACGGGUGUUGGAGCUGCCAUUGGUGGUUACGCUGGGGACGGUUUGCCGGUUGCGCGUGCACUCGCUUCCGUUGUUGAUUGCCUUAUCUCUCAUCCUAACGUUCUGAAUGCUGCUAUGCUUUACUGGCCUGUACCGAAUAUAUUGUAUGUUGAAGGCUAUGCUUUAGACCAAUUUGCUGAAGGCUUGUGGGCACUUGAGCCAGUUCACCAAAACAGAGUUGGACUGGUUUUGGAUGCUGCCAUAGAAUCAGAGCUCAGAUUACGCCAUUUGCAGGUUGCAGAUGCUGCAAGAGCUUCCCUUGGAUUGCCUGUUUUGGAAUACACAGUCACGGACAAGGCUCUUGAGGUGGAAAAGUGGAUUGAUCCUAAGACUGGGCAAUCAACUGGGAGGAUCAAGCAUCCCGACUCACUGUUGAGAGCUGUACAAAGUUUGGUGGAUCGAUCACAAGUGAACGCUAUUGCGGUUAUCGCCCGUUUUCCUGAGGAUGAUGAAGAGAGCAAUCAUGAUUACCGUCAAGGAAACGGAGUUGAUGCUUUGGCAGGAGUAGAGGCUAUUAUAAGUCAUCUUGUUGUGAAAGAAUUCAAAAUUCCCUGUGCACAUGCUCCAGCUCUGUUACCUAUUCCACUAGACCAAUCACUUUCUCCCAAGUCGGCUGCUGAAGAGAUUGGAUACACAUUCUUACCUUGUGUGCUUGCUGGGCUUAGCAAUGCACCACAGUAUCUGGUCACUGACUCAAAUGCGAUAGAGAGAGGCUGCAUUUUGUCAAAUGACGUUGACAGCGUCAUUGUUCCCAUAGAUGCUUGUGCAGGAAAAGGUCUCCUUUCAUUUGCUCAAAAGAAAUGUCGUAAGCCACUUAUAAUUGCUGUUGAAGAGAAUACGACUGUUCUCUGUGACACUCCAGACAGACUCCAUAUUGAAACGGUGAAUGUUUCAAAUUACUGGGAAGCUAUAGGAGUUAUCGCAGCUCAUAAGGCAGGGAUAGAUCCAAACUCUCUUCGGAAAAACAGAAUAAAUAACAUCCCUUGCCAAUCAUCCUUACGACUGAAUGGUACUGUAGUUCAUAAUUGAUCAGUCUCUCCGCUUGCCAACAUUGAUCUUCGUUUUUGUCGAGCAAAGUGAGGUGUUACAAACUUGGCCUUAAGUACUAAAAGCACAGUAUGCAUUUGUAAUAUCAUCGUCUUCUAUGAAAGCACAAGCAAUUGAUCGUCAUGUCCUUUUUAGAUGUGGCAUUAAUGUUGAUGGUUCAUAGCCAUCAUACAAACUUUGAAAUGUGCUCUGCACCCCGAAGAAAUUCAGGUGACAAUAGAGAUCCGAUUGUAGUGUAAAUUUUCGUAUUUUUCUUAGAAAUUGUAGAUAUAAUUCGAUUGAACGGUGUAUAAGCAUAUAAUUACAAAUC